CAUGAAAAUUAAAAUGUGAAAUGUCAAAUAUAUAUAUAUGACAAUGUAUGUAAAUAAAAACAGGUUGUUGGAUUACUUGAAUUGCCUAUUUUAGGAAACAAGUUCAGACACAAGUGCAGUUUCUUCCAUUCAAAAAUGUUAUUUCUACUGAGAUAAAAAGCAUCGGUAAUGUACCACGCACGUGCAGCAUUAUGAAGUGGUACUUUUCUGCAAACAAAGAGUCCAAGGGAAAAAUGUGCAAUGUGGAAAAUUAGAACAAACACCUUCCUGAAUAUCCUGAUAUUAAUAGCAUUGCUUAUAUUAUUCUACUUUGCCUGCUUUACCGAUGAUUCCUUAAACCACAGAAAAACGAUUAGGCGAAGCCUACGGAAGGACAUCCGAAACCUUAAAUAUGUGACAUCAGCUUUACGGAAUCAUAAGGAUUACAAUGUUUGGCUCAUAUUCACAAAAGUCACUAAUGUUUCAACAUUGAGCUACAAAUUUCGAGAUCUUAUCCACAAUUUGCUAACUGUGAGCUCAGUGCCUUUAAAGUUUAACAUCAUUGUUGAUAGGGUAUCACAAGGUAUAGCAGAGAAUCAAAUAGCAGAUCUGUUGUAUAGAAACAAAACAUUGGUAUACUCGUUUUAUGAUAUUGAUGAAAGUGCAAGGAAGAUACAGGAUAUAGUAGAAGUUAUGACACCAUAUUUUAGCUCUAAACCAGGUACUUAUUACAGUGAUGCUCUAUUCUACAUAUCCUUAGGCUUAUAUAGGAUAGCACCUCAAAAUCAACACCAUGCAAUAUUAUUAGACUGUGAUUUAUAUUUCAAAAAGGACAUUGCACUGUUAUUUGCUGAAUUUGAAAGAUUCAAACCAACUGCUCUAUUUGGGCUGGCCCCAGAACUAACCCCUGUGUACCGCCACAUCCUUCACAUGUACAAAGCUAAGCACAAUACCACCUUUGGAGACUAUUAUAAAAGUGAUGCUCCUUCUUCCAAUUCUAUACACUCUAAGGGCUUCCAAGGUUAUAACUCUGGAGUGGUGCUUAUCAACCUCAAAGCACAAAGGAAUUCAACAGAGUUCCCUAAGAUCAUCACUAAUGAGACAGUGCAUAGAAUGACAUCAAAAUACAGGUUCAGAGGGCAUCUAGGUGACCAGGAUUUCUAUACGUUAGUAGGUUAUGAGUAUCCUCAUUUGAUUCAAACUUUGAACUGCGGAUUUAAUAGGCAACUUUGUACUUGGUGGAGAGACCAUGGGUAUCUUAAAAUAUUUGAUAAGUACUUUAGGUGUGAGCAUGAAACUUUGGUUUUGCAUGGUAACUGUAAUACAAAAAUCCCGAAAUAAGUUCAACUUAAAAUUUAUUUGCCACUAAAAGUGUGUCUCAAACUUUAGAAUUUCAAUUCUAGCAUUAGCAUCGUAAAAUACCAUGUUUCCUAAAUACUUAAGUAAGAUAGUGGAAUAACAUUUAGGAUAUUUUAUGUAAAGUGUUUUAUUUAUCGCUGGGGGAACGCGGUAAUGUAAUUUCUAAUGAAAGCAAAAAUUAACAAUUUUUACAAAACCAUACCAUAUUAUCUUUUUCUUUGAAUUUUAAACGAUCUAUAGAGCCGUGUUCCAUGGUGAUUUAUAAUUAUAAUUAAGUUCGAUAUCCAAUUCGUUGGAUAAGAUACAUACAAAGUGCAUUUAAAAAUGCAGUUUUAUACUACAUAGAGCAAUAUAUUGUAAGUUUUAAAGGAUAUAUAAGACAGAGAAAUUUAUUAUGUACAUAUUACAGAUGUACUAUAUAUGACCUUAAUAUUUAGUUAUACCAUUAUAGCAGUAUUUUUCUAAUCAUCGUUAGCUAAUGUAAGAUAUGAAGGGUUUUAGUUACAUAUGAACAUUAAGAGUACAAGUGCACAAAUAUAAAGGGUACUAUAAAAGUUUUGCAAUACAGCUUUAUUUAUUGAGUUCAGUCAAAGUAAUUUCCACCACAUUCAAUACAUUUCUCCAUCCGCCAAAACCACUCCUUAAACCAGCUCUGCCAAGUUACACCCGGGAGUGCGUCACACUCGUCCCAAGCCCUCAGAAGGGCCGCAUCGCUAGAAAUUCCGUUUUCCUUUUAGCUACAUUUUCACAUGCGGAAACAGCGCAAAGUCGCAGGGGGCAAGAUCCGGACUUUAAGGAGGGUGCUCAAUAAGUUUCAGACCACUAGUGGUCAAAUACAGGCUUUGGCGUGGUGAGCUGGAGCGUUGUCAUGAUGGAGUUACCAAGUGUCCAUUCUUGACUUUGGUCGCAGGUUUUUCAAGGACUCUAUGACUUUAGGCAGGCACUGUUCCGUGUACCACUUAGCUGUGACUGUCUUCUGUGUGUCCAAAACGACUCGCUCCGCAAUCCCGCUCGAUUUGAAAAGACCGCUAUCAUUUUUUUUUUUUAAUAGAUCGGGAUUUUCUGACAGCUACGGGAGUGUCCUCAUCAUCAAAGACCCAAACUUUGUUAUGAGCCUUAGAUACCAAGUUUGUCCCUUAUCAAACAUUUUGAGCAUCUUUCGGCACCAAGUAGUACGACGAGUCUUCUGCUAUUCCGUCAGAUUAUGCGGUACCCAGAGAGAAUAAAGUUUCCUUACGUGUAAAUGGUCAUGCAGAAUUGAAUGAAUUGCUGGUGCAUGAAGGUGUAAGGUCUCCUCUAUCUGUUGGUAUGGCACUCUCCGGUCUUUGUCAGUCGUUUUCCUCACAGCAGUAAUGGUUUCAUCUGUUACUGACGUUCACGGCCUUCCUUCACUUUCAGCAUAUUCCAGAGUGAAAUGGCCCCUUUGGAAUCCUCUGUACCACCUGAAUAUAGUCAUACGAUGAGGAAAAUAAUUCUUUAAUGCAAGCGUUAUUUCUUCUAAGCACUGGUCUAGGCUAAAGCCACGCGUAAAGUUAUACCAUAAAACUGUUCUUAUCUCACUACAUAACCACGAUGCCAUAGUCCGCACUUUUCACUGUCAAUACGAAUGAACAACUAAAUCAACGGACGUGCUGCUGGCGGAUACUAUGCCCUCAUGGACAUGUCUCAACAUGCAGCCUCCUGCGUUCGUUUGUUGUCAUAUUGCAAAACUUUUAUAGUACCCUUUGUAUAUGGGUAUGUUGAAAUAUAUAACUAAUACUGUAUAUCUAAUAUAUAUUCAAACAUUUAUAAAAAUUCAGAACAUUUACCAAAUAUCUUGUCGCAUUUUGUAAUCGUUGACAAAUCUUACAUCAGCUAAUUGGUUGAAAAACAGAUCUCAAAUUGUAAAAUUAGGGACAACAGAUAAAUCCGUAAAUCAAUAGUGGAUGAUGACAUUUCUAUAAUGUUUAAGCCACCACUAUAUAAUAAUAGUAGUAAAAUUUUUUAUGACAAAAGUGGCGACAACCUUUUUUUUCUAUUGAACGUCUUGAAUUUAUUUUUAUCUGUAAUUCGAUAUUAACGGAUCAUUUAUAAAUUAUUUUUAUAAUUUUAAUUUUAGGUAGUUUAUAGCUAGAUUUUGUGAUACUUUUGAAUAACUAUUUUAUUGAAAUUCUGUUGUGCAAUCAUGAAGAAAAUAUUUUUAUAUCUGUAUGAAUAUCAGCAA